CAAUAAUUAAUAGUUUCACAGUGUGCAAGCUCUGGUGCAGCUGUUCAACCUGUUGAUGUAUCAUAGAUUCUAACGUGAUGAUUAUUAUGAGGGCUUAUUUUCUUGAACACCAACCAUGUUAUCGCUUGCUACGCUGUAUCAGUGCAUCCUUUACGAGCAGUUUGCAAAUCGGCCGGGUGGCUAUGAUGGAUCAAUCACAUUGCAUGAGCUGACGCAAAUGACCCUGCUCUCUUUCAAGAACUCUUUCAAAACGAACAUGGCGGCAACGUAACGUUUAGCCAAAAUGACUGUGGAUCAUUUCGCGAGAAAAGAUCCCACCUUGUCGGACCGAGGAGGCGAGAUUCGGCGUGUUGAAACGAGGAGUCCUUGCGCUUUUCACCAGAAAGCCCGGAAUCAGAGCGUGCGGCCAGACAGUGGCUUUUCCGCGUUGUAGCGGCUCUGCGCAAAAGGAGAGAGCGGAACCCAUGACAGACGAGCAGGGAGAGACAUGUUGCUACAGAUAGCUGGGUUUUUCUCCGGAGAAGCACGAGGAGAGGGGAUUCGACAAUGAAAGCAGUAAUCCCCCUGAACACAGCAACUGACCGGGAAUUGCAGUUAAUCGCGGAGGUGAGCCACGACCGCUCGUCAGACAUCGUUUAGUGGGAAAAACUCAAGGCAGACCUCCCGUCAAUGACCAUUGUGGCAGAAAAGCCCCUACGGUGGAGUCAGUCAGAGCUGCGCUUUCCCAAAAUAUGACCAGCGGUGCUUGGAAGUGUCGGCAGCGAGAUGACGGCUUAAAAAUUUGGUGUGCUCCCCGCGAGAACGAGAAGCCAUUCACCGACUCCGAGAGGGCCCAGCGAUGGCGAUUGUCCUUAGCGUCCCUCUUAUUUCUAACCGUUCUGCUUUCUGAUAAUCUGUGGUUCUGCGCCGAGGCCAAACUGACAAGGACCCGAGACAAGUUAGCUUCAGUGGACAUGAGCGCAAACCACAGACCCGACCUCCCUUCAACACACAGCAGCCUCAGAAGAAAUGAAGAUGCUAUUUUUGUAGUCAAUUCUACCAAACCUUUGUGGCAACUAGAAACUUGCCACCCGGAUGGUUUGUCUGAAAACUGCUUCACUUUUGUCGACGCUGACCACUUGUGCAGGGGCCUUUCGGAAACGGAGGGGACGCGGUGGAUAAACAUAAGCGAUUUGUACCUUUCCUUUUGUAAUUCGUACUCUCUUAUGGAUUUACUUUAUGGAUCAUUAAGUCCGGACAAUUUAAACUGCAGCCUUGACGUGAUCAUGGACGGCGACCUAAACAGGUGCAGUCUGUGCGUUCAGGCGUACCAGCGUUAUGACCUGCACGCGCAGGAGAAAUAUGAGGAUUUUGAGAUGAUGGCAGACAAAUACGAGACGGAUGUGUACUCAGUAAGGACGUGCAUGGAAGAAUGCAAGACUGUCUACAAGCCCUGGCUCUGCGCUCAGUAUUUCCAGAGUCCUCAUUCAGGCUGCAGUCAUAAGAUUCCCUGUGAGCAAUACUGUCUUGAGGUCCAGCAGAGGUGUCCAUUCAUAUUGCCUGACAAUGAUGACCUUAUACAUGGUGGUACUCCCAGUUUUAUAUGUGCAGGGUUCAAACCAGACAUCAACCAGGAGCCAGAGUGCUGUGAUGUGCGAUGGGACCAGAAGUCCAACAACCGCUCCCGGGGCACUUUAAAAAGAACUCACCCUUCCUGCCAGCACACAUCUGUGACCUCCUCGGGGGGUCCACGGCUUGGGCAGGGCCGGCUGAAACUUUGCUUGCUGGUCCUAGUUCUUCUCCACACUGUGGCUACCAUGACAGCCAAUCAGAACUCGACCUGCCUGACUGGCAUCUUUCCACUGGAUGACAACGCCCCGAGAGAAGAGUGAUUGAAUGAAGUUGGGCUGGACAACUCCAGGUCCAACACAUCUAGCUUCGGGGUUGUCAGUAAAGAAGCAGAAAGUAAGCUGUACCGGUUCUAAGUGAGGCUCACAGUCUCAACCAGAGAACACUUAACCACACUUGUCAUCAGCACCUUGUGGGGUUAGGGGAAAACAGUGAACAGGACACAAGACAAAUGAUAAGCAUAAUAUGAAGAGUCAGAACAUGCCCCUAAAGAGACUUUUCACUCUCUUCUGGAACACACAUUGUGACCCACACGCACACACACACACACACACACACACACUAAAGUUGUCAUUUCACUUUGCACUAGGAGAUUAUCUAACUUUUCCCUUUAAGUUUCAGCUGUUAUUUUCACUUCAAGAUGGUUUUGACUUCUGUUCAGUGGUUUCAGAGCAACCUGGAAAGUGACUUGGGUGUCCAUGGUCCUGUCAAAUUCUCUCGUUAUUUGUUGCAUGUCAGUAUUUUGUGUCAUUUGAGAGUGAGUGUCACAUCACAAAGUCAUCAGCACCAUUCAGACAGGCUACAGGUAGAAGAUUCACGUCUCUCUUUCUAAUUCCUACAUUUUCAUCCUAAAUAAAAAAAAUAAAAUUAAAAAGCCCUAUUUUUAAACUAGAUGUACUGAAAGCCUCAAAAUCAAAUCAGCAAUUGGCAUCCCAUCUAAUUAGAGAAUGGUGUUUGUCUUCUCUACCUUCUGAGAAACAGAUAUAACCACCUUGCAUUAUUUUAGAAACAGAUGCUUAUUCCCAUAACUGUAUGACAAAUCUUGGUGCUUGGUGGAGUUUGCUGCAGUUUGCCUCAACUACCAUGAGCUAAUUCUGUUUAUUCUAAGAUCUUUAUCUCCAUAUUGUGUACAUGGCUUACAGCUGAUGUACACUCUCAGAAAAAAGGGACGUAAGUUGUCACUGGGCUGGUACCCUUUAAAAAGGUAAUAAUAUGUACCUUUAAGAUACUAAUAUUGAACUUCUAGGGGUUAAUAAGAUACAAAGGUGCACCUUUUGAAAGGGUGCUGUCCCAGUGACAGCUUUUGUGUCUCUUGCCCCUUGAGUAUAUAGAAAGACCCCAUUGUUUUGGUAGUUAUUUGAAUACAAAUAUAGUCUACAACAGGUCAGAAUAAUCCAAGUAACAGGGCUUUGGCACACAACUGUAAAGAAGGAGGAUGUUAUUAUAAGUAUUUUCAUACAUGACACUAUUUUAUUAUGCACUUUAUUAAUUUAAUAAUGUGCUAAAGCCUUCGGCCCUUCUGCAUUAAUUGCAUCUUAGAUAUUCUGUGAAAGAAUAAUUUUUCAGUAUGUGGUCCUUACAUAAUUCUUAGCAGCAACAAUAUUUAUAUUGUUAUUCAUUGCAUGACAUGAUUUGAAUGCAUUCAUUUAACAUGAUUGUAUGUGAAGCUGGUUUAACUAAGGUUAACUACUAUAGUUCAUGUGCGAAUGGAAUUGAAAUAGCUGAACAGAAUGUGGCACUCCAUCAUAAUCAUACACAAUUACACUGUAAUUUUACCAUCAUUUCCCUGUCAAAAAUAACUAUCUAUUGUGUAAAGGGCUUAGCAAAUAGUAGUGUGUGGAGAAGGAGUUAAGGGCUUACUCUAUAUUUCUCCUUCUGUGUGGUUGUUGUCUUCAGUGUUUGAGUGUAAAGGCUAAUAGGGAUUAUGUGCUGUUUUGCCUUUGUCAGGACCUUAUUUUUUGACUAUCCUCAUAUACAUCUGUGCAUCCAACACGUUCCUUUGGUCAUUAUUUUCCUGUGUGUUUUUAGAGUAAAGCAUUAAAUGAAUUCUUGUAAAGUUAAAUUAGAAUUACUUAGGAGCAGAGAUGCACAGAGUGACCAGUGAUAUUGGUGUUCAAAUCUGGACAAUUCUUAGGGGAAACUACCAGUAAAUGCCCCUUUUGGAAUACUAUUUCUAGAUUUUUUUAUCUAUAUUUUUUUCCAUAGACUACAAUACAACAAUUAUACUAGUUAAUUUUUUUUUUAAGGCUACUUUAAGAAAUAUUGAUACGAACACUUCACAUAACAGGAAAAUAAAAAUUGCAGAAUCUCUUGUUAAUUAAAACAUGUACAUCAACACAAGCACUGUUUUGUGUACAGGUACAUGUCAAGCCACCUUUAUUUGUAUAGUGAUUUAUACAAAGCUGAAGCAGCUUUACAGUGUCAAACAGGAAAAUAGUUGGUCAAAAAUGCAAGACAUCUCUGCUUUAGAGUGAAUUUAACUGUGCAAGUAAUUAAAUGUUCUUGGUUUUACUCUAAAACUUCUCUGUCAGUGUUACUAAGUUGUUUCUGAGAACCUGUACCUGUUUUAUUCCAUAUAAUUUUGUUCAGUAGUGUUUUCACUGUCUUAAUUUAACUGUUUUCACCUUAAAAUAAUGUAUAAUGCUAACUUAAAGGAUGUCAAUUUUCCCAGAUGACUUUGUUAAAUUGUAAUGAUCAUUCAGUGGAAACAGUAUGCCUUCACCCAGUGUAAUAUAUAACAUAAUGACAUAAUAUCUGUCACACUAAGUGAAGGCAACACCAUCUCUUAAAUUAUCAUUAUUUUUCACUGCUAUGCAAAGGCAACACACUGUAACAGAGCUAUGCCUGAAACUGGGCCUCAGACUAUGACAGAAGAGAUGAGUUUGGCUGUGCUAAGAUUAAUAGAAAACAGAGUUUGAAUUGACAUCAAAUUAACAUCAAUUACAAUUAAAUAAUAAAAAAUUAACCAUUUUCUCAGUUUCAGUGUUGCUGUAGUUAUUGUGUUUUGCCUUUGCAUCAGGUUAUACAAUGAGGUCAUAUAUUUAAUUGAAGAUAUCAGACCAAGAAUGAUCACAGAUUAUCACAGAUCAAGACACUAUAAAAAUGUAUGAACAUCUAGCUUGGAAGAGCUGCAAAGAACAUUAUAGUCCAUCUGAUGCUGUAGGGCAUCUGUUAAUUACCAACCUGUUUCAUGCUGACUGCAGUAUCAGAGAUUUGCUUUUUUUUUUUUUUUUUUUUAGUUAUCCCAAAUGUUUUCUGUGUCACUAUAUUGUGUUUCCAUUGUAAGUCAAAGACUGCUUAUAUAUAAUCUAACCCUGAAUCUGGCCUUGCUGUAUACGAUCUAGUUUACCGUCUAGUAUCAGUCAGUAUUUCCCAGAUAACCCUCUCAUUCACCAGGAUCUUUCAAUCAAUUUAAUUAUAUAGUGUCAUGAGUCACAUAACCGAUCCUCAUCCCAUCUAUGUCAAAAUCCUCUGUUCUUCUGAUAUAAAUUGUAAUAUAUAUAUUAUUUUUUAAUGUAGCCUGUUCUCUUUGAGGUUUUUUGUUGUUUCUGUUGUUCAGACACUUUUCGUUUAUCAUGUUUAAAAGAUUUUAAUCACUGUUUAACAAUUUUCGGAAAGUGUGAUUUACACAGAUGAAUGCUCUCCUCCUCUGUAAAGGUUGCAACUGGAACCUGCGGUUUACAAGCAAAUAAAUGGACACACGUUAUAUAGAAAUAACAGUUAUUAUUACAGUGUCAUAUUGUCAUACAAUAGAUGCUUUAGUUUAACGAUUCUCUUUGAUUUUUUUUUUUUUUUUUACACAAAGACUUCGAUUAAUAUUUAAAAAUUACUGGUCAUGACCUUUUUUUGAAGGUAAGAUGAAAAUACAGCUACAUUUAUUAAAGUUCUGUUCUAAGGGAAAAUAAAUAGAGAUAUAAACUAA